GGCUGCCUUAGCUGAUGCUUCAGGGGUGUGGUCGAAUCCCCCGGUCAAGUCCAGAAGACCUCUGCCGUCACCAUGGCCGCGAGAACCAUCGUCAUCGACCACGGGUCUGGUUUCCUGAAGGCUGGCUUGUCUGGGUGGAGCGAGCCUCAGCUGGUCUUGCCCAGCAUCGUGAACUACACCCCGUGCAGGGAGAACCCCGGCCCCAGCCACGCCCGACGGUGCGUGAGUCUGGGCAUCGACUUUUGCCAUCCUGAUACCUUCAGCUACCCGGUCCAGCGUGGCCGCGUCCUCAACUGGGAGGGCGUGGAGUACAUCUGGUCGUUUGUCCUGGAGAAACUCAGACAGGAGCACGAGGACUUGCCGGUGAUGAUCACAGAAUGUCCUCUGAAGGAGCCUGCGGACCGACAGAAGACCCUGGAGAUUAUGUUUGAGGCACUGGAUGUGCCGUCCCUCCUCCUGGCCGACCAGCUGGAGAUGUCCCUGUACGCCUCCGGCUUCCUGACCGGCGUGGUGGUCGAUUCGGGCUAUGGCCUGACCCGCGUGCAGCCUUUCCACCUGGGCCGCCCCAUAGGCCCCGGCGGCAAGACGCUGGAGUUCGCGGGCCAGGAUCUGGAGGCCUACCUCUUCAAGAGCCUCUUUAAGGAGGACUGCGACCACCACAACCUGUUUCAGCUGGAAACGGUGGCCUCCAUGCAGAUGAGCAAGUGCUACGUGCCGCAGACCCUGGGGGAGGCGCUGGACUUCCCCCAGAGCCCGCCGAGCGGCUCCGACGAGGGCAACGCCUACCUGCUGCCCGACGGCACCAGCGUGGAACUCACCCCCAUGCAGCGGCUGGCCCCCGAGAUGUUCUUCAACCCCCAGGUGUUCGACCUGCCAGGGCCCAGCAUCUCCCAGGCCGUGGUGGACGCCAUCCUGGCCUGCGAGGCGUCCUUGCACCCGAUGCUCACCUCCUACGUGAUGACCUGCGGGGGCAACACCCUGUAUCCCGGCUUCACUAAGCGCCUACACAAGGAGCUGACGGCCAAGCAUUUCUCUUCUUCCGCCAAGGCCACCAUGUGGCUGGGGUCCAAGAGAAACUUCAGCGUCUGGCUGGGAGCGUCCCUCGUGGCCCAUCUGUCCACUUACAAGUCCGAAUGGAUGACCAAGGAGGAGUAUGAAGAGAGUCUCCGGCUGUGAUUUGCUGGCGGCUCCUGGGCCCCGCCCCCCGUCCCGCCCCCCUGAGUUUCAGGGGAUUGAUUUCAGUGCAGGGGCCUAGGCAGGGGUGGGGUGAGCUGGUUUUCGAAUUCUGAGUUCAUGAGCGUUUUUUUAUUAAGUACUAGAGUUUUAUCUCAUUUCAAGAGUGGGACCCAGCCCACAGGAGGACAGCGGUUGGCCCUGGAAGGCUUCCGGAGGUAGUGUCUCCAGGAGGUGUCAUUUGGAAAGAGCGGUCACUUGCUGCCUCUGUCGCAGCCAGAUGAUUUUUCGCUGGCAUCCCCCUUGGGCUGUUCUGCUCUCAGUUCAGUAGGUUUUAACCCACAGAUGGGACCUUGUGCCGGGGUCCCAGCUAUUUUUGACCAGGAGAUGGGGUGGAAGGGCAGAGGUGAAGUUUCUAGUCUUUCUUGUACUUUCCGGCCAGGGAGGAAUCGCUGCGGGGGAGCCCGAGGGCCCCGCCUCCCGUGGCCGGGGUCUUGUUUUAUAGACGCAAAUAAACUUCUUUGGAACUAG